AUGCCUGACCCUGAUAACUAUGCAGCGGCUUUGCUGAGAAGCCAUCAAUCUAAAAUAAACGAUAAUUUCCUUGCAAGAGUGGGAAGAAAGGUAUUGAAGAGUCUUGGACUUUCCUUGUGUCCAUUGUAUAUCGUUUGUGCUGGGCGUCGUGUUAACCUCGGGUUAGCGCACAAGAACGCGCAUGGAAGAUUCUUUGAUGAGUCUGCAAAAUGCUGGUUGAAUUGGGAUCCUAAUGAGCACAUUGGGCAACUUGCAGCAGAUAAAGAUAUAACGUGUGACUCAAAGACAAUUGAAGAUUCUUUCUUGGUUCUUAAGAAGGAUAUGUUUGACUUGGACUGCAUCCUACACUCUGCGGGAUUUGCAGAUUACAUCCUAGUCAGAGGACAUAUCGCCAAGGAGAUUCCAUUGUCGUACUCGCAUCAUGCGGAUGAAUGGCGUUUUUACAACAAUGUAAAAAAAAGCUGGGUUUCAUUAGCUGAGUAUGACCAGUUAUCUGACAGACGCUGUGAUGAGUCCGACGAUUCUCAGGAUUUCGAACAAAGGAGGAAACUAGCACAUCAAAUCAUAAACAAACUUACAGGUGCCUCAGAUUUUGCAUCAAGCUGCUUUGGUUCGCACUGGUUGAGUUUGGACCAGUUUCACACUCUGCUGUCUAAAUAUUCAAAGAUUGGUUUGACUGUGGCUGGUCCAGCAACAGAUAUGGCGUACUUGGUUAAAAAGGUAUCCAGUUGGACAGGUAAUGUGAGAGAAAUAAGAGCAAUGUGGGCAGUUUGUGAACUUGGUUUUAACACAGGCAAGAUGAAUGUAUGUGGAAUGAAUUUUAAUGAAGCCGCAGAUCUGGAAAGUGCAGAGUGUUUGUCACCCAAAUACUUUUCAAAUGCAACUUUUUCUUUCCUACCCACUGAAACAUGCAAGUUGACACCACAAUUCAAAGUGAUGCAGGAGAUAGCAGAGGAAAUGAGAGUGCUGCAAUGCAUCAAGGAUAAGAUAGCACUGUGGACUCAUGUUAAAGGUGGAAAAACAGAACCUUUGUUUGAUUAUUUCAUCUGCGAGUCCCCAGAUAUGAUUGAAACAUUGCUUAAAAUGGGCCUCAUAAGAGUGUUUGUGAUCCCAAAAAUGCACGAAGGAUACAUGAUAUUGUCACCAAGUGAAUGUGAAACCAAAUUUACUGCCUGGGUGAAUCCAAGUGAAAUGUUCAGAGUUUUUAUACAGGGAAAAAGCAAACUUUAUUUUGAUGGCAAUCACUGGUCCUCUGCCAAGGUCGUUGCAUGACUCUUUUAUGUUGACUUGAGACUUCGUGUCACUGACUAUUUCAAGAAAUACAAUAAAUUGUUUGAGGUAAAAGGUUAAGUCUCUACUUGAGGCAAGUGGCCAAUUCAGCUGGCAGGUUUCUAUGACGUGAAACCACCAGUAGUAUUUGUACUUCCCUCUCCCCUUCCUGGAUGGGAUGCCAGUCCAUCCCGAGGUUUUCCCCAAACAUUUCUUUAUUUCUUCCCUGGCAAUUUGCCAACACCCAUUUAUACUCCCUGAUGUAGAGAGGCACUAUGAGAAUAAAGUGUUUUGCCCAAGAACACAACACAAUGACACAACCAGGACUCAAACCCAGACCUCUUAACCUAGCAUCCAGCUCACUAGACACUAGGCCAGUGUGUCUCCCAUAAAAUGUUUGAAGCUGGGAGCCUGGGAGUAAAAUCUGAUUGUGUGGUCUCAUCCAGGUGAGAGUAAUCCUAAGAGGGACCGUUGUUAGUGGUGACUAGUGUUUCAACAACCACUCAACUUGACAAUGACUUCUGUCAAGGUUGAGUAAAUGUCAGUCACUACUUGCAAAGAAAGGCCUUCUCAGGACAGCACACACCAGGAAGAUCUGACCACAUAGUGAAAUUUUUGAAGAAAUGUCAGUAUUGCAGGAGAGUGACCCAGAAUAAUUGAUCCCUUCUAUCUGAACUCCUACAAUUCACUUGGGUCAUGGAUUGCGGCCUAACAGAUUGUUCCAAGAGCUGAUGAAAGCCCCUGUAACAGACUUUGUCUUGUUUCAAAGAGUUUUCUUGUCUUUCACUGCCUCUUUGCUUCUCGAAUCAUUAUCACGAAGCUGUUUUGGCAAUAUUCCUUGCUUCAAUCUUCACCAACUGAUACAGGUGCGCAACUUUUCCCUUAGAUCCUGGGCUGCCUGUGCAGUUUUGGCGGCUCAUUUGUAAUAUUAACGUUGUGUAAACAUCCUCUUGGCGUCCAGCUAUGAUCUUGGGUUUGGUAGAAUUCCAAGAUGGCGUCGCCUUUCGAAGGUGACGGCGUACGGGUCUUGUUGACUUGUUCAUGUUCUGCCUUAUCUCCGGCGGCUCGUUUGUACUUCUGCCGACACUGUAUUAAGCUGAGAUGUCCUCUAUGUGUCUCUCAUGAGGUAGCUUCCAACGAAAACCCAAUCUUGGAUUAUAUAUUAGAACUCACGUAAAAAAAACAGCUGAAUAGUAAACGUGGCUGAUCCUCUUCAUUUUUUAGGUGGAUUCGUAUUAUUGUCCGAACUGUCUGGAAAAUAUGCCUUCAGCAGAAGCGAAAGUUAAGAAGAACAGGUAAAUUGUACGGUAAUUAAAGGGGGAAGCGUCUUUUAAUUGUGAAAAGUUCGUUCUGUUGAUGUAUACGUAGCUGUUGAUAGAACUUAUGGUAAAAUACGAUAUUCUUGAAGGGAUGUCGCAAAUUUUGUGAUCAUCAUGGAAUAUUGGACCAAGUGUUUUAUCACGAUGUGCUUUUAGAUUAGUGAUCAGAAGCAAGUAUUUCAAGUAACGAAUGGAAUGAUAACUCAACCAAAUCAGAUCACCUUGAAGUCGAGAUGAAGAACUUUGAAACCAGUGUAGUGGCCAACUUUCCCACACCGAAUAAUCUAACAGUUUAAAGCUAAGAUUUCCGCACAGCCCCAUGCUUCAUCAUGCAUGCAGUUCAUGUACAAAGAAAACAAUAGAUUGCCUUUGGGAUAGUACGAUACGAUAGUAUGACGUUGUGCCGAAAUCUUGGUAUGUCCAGAAAUGCACGCAGUAACGAAAAUGGCGAAAAUUCAUCAAAAUUUUUAGAUCUGCCGAGCUCAUUUGGCUUUGACAAAUUUGACUAAAAUUCGCCAAAAUCAUCAAAUCCAUGAACAUUCACUUGGUUUUAAAAAAUUUGUCAAAUCUGCCAUUUCAUUGCUGCGUGCAUUUUUGGACAUAAGUGGAAAUCUUACCACUUUGAUUAUUAUUUCCUUCUGUAAAUUACAGAUGUGCCAAUUGUUUUGACUGCCCAAGCUGUGGUAACACACUUUCAACACGAGCAACAGCAGUGGCCAUACAGGCUGAGAAGGGAGGUGAUGAUGCCAAAGCCAUGCAAGCCAAGAAGGUGUAUUACUUAGCCUGUGGCUUCUGUCGCUGGUCAUCCAGAGAUGUCGGCAUUGAAGAUAAAAGUGUUGGUGAGUUUAAGUUACCAUCAGUUGAACAGAUCAUGGCGUCAUGCAUGUAUAGCAACCAUUUUUUUUUUUUGGGGGGGGGAGGAGGGAGGGGUUAUUUGUAGUCUGUUUCAAACUCAUUUCAGUCAAAGCCCUCUUAACACUUUGAACCCUAAGAGUGACUAGCAUCUAAUUUCUCCCUACAAUAUCACCCAUGAAUCACACAUUUAGGUCCAAGGAAUAAGAGAAAUGAUCACCAGCAAAAAAAGCUCUUGAUUUUCCAACAAAUUCUCCUUACUAGCACCUUAGGAAAUAUAUGGUGAGCUGUAUGGAGAAUAUACAUAGUGAUGUCAAGUUUAUUAACUGAAAUUCUAACCAUUGAAAGUUAAGCUCUAUAAUAUUCCCUGGGGCAGUAAAUCUGCAUUGUUCACUGAGCACUGAGGAUUAAAUAAAUUUUUUCACUUAUCUGUUGCUACAGCAUUACAGUUUCUGUUGAAUAAUUUGCUAAGUUCUUUCUUCUGACGCCAAAUUUACUUUCCCUUUUUCAUUUUCCAGCAAGUGGUGCAUGGCAAGAACAGGAGAGUCCUGCUACUAAAAGGGUACUAAUUCAAAUUACUAAUUCAAAUAAAUAUUGGUUGACUUUGACUGUUAUUAAUCAUGAUGUAGUAAGCGACACCUCUCGCUAAUGGCUAUAGUUUGCAAGGUGAAGUGGUUUUAAUCAGAUUUUAGUAGUAACCAGUCACUAGUCUUGGACAAAACAGAAGCUCUGUUUGUACCCUUAUAAUUCUAUCCUAACCCUCUCACUCUUAAUAUCGCAUUAGUAAUUCUCUUCACUGUCUGCCAUAUAAUUCUCAUGUUGCUGGUCUUGAGAAUUUGCUAUUGGAUCAACAAAAAAUCCCUUAAUUGAUAUUUAUUUUUAUUCUUACCACUUGCCUCCCUGAUAUUGUAUUCUUGAUGGUAAAACGAAGAGAAUUGUGUGACAGACAGUAAGGAGGAUUACUAACGAUAUCUUGGAAGUGUAAGAGUGUUGUUCACUUAACAGGGUAGCAUGUUGUUCUGUUUUCAUUUUUCUCUCUCAUAUUUUUUUGGCUGACUUUCAGGUUAAUGUCCUUGUGGAAUAUUAUAGACAACUUGCGCAGAAAGAAAAAGUGGAACGGGAAAAAAAGAAAUUGACCAAACGACGUAAUUUCAUGCAUUUAUCAGUGAGUAACCAGCUUGUACAUGAACAGAUAGAUUUAUUUUGCUGAAGACAAGUAGCAGCAGUAAUUUUGUGGGAUUUUGCAUUGUAUGAUUGCAAUCAAGAUUAACCUGAUAUAAUUAUAUUUUCCAACGUAAAAUUUGAUCAUAAAGAAAAACUCAAUAGUCUAGGGAGUCGAUAUAUUUUGUAUUCAGCUAAAUUCAAGUAUAUUUAUAAACUGUAAAGUCCUUUAAAAAAGUUAAAGUGUAAUAAUACAUUUACAUUUAGGGGUUACUUUUUAAGAGUAUAAAUUUAUUGCAAUAACUUUGUCUUGAAUUUAAUCAACAUAAUGUUAUUGAUUAUCAUUUUUGUACAAUCAUCUAAUCCUGCAUGGCAAAAAUUAACUACACUGGACACAGUUUACUCCACGAAAGGUGAGGUUCUGUGACAUUUGAGUUUUUACCAAAUAACAAGUAUGAAAUAGUGAUAAAAACUAAUACUAAAUCUUUUGGGGGGUAAAAAGUUAUAGAUCUUAGUUUAUAAUUGAAAUGUUCAACAUUGUAAUUCUAAAACCAAAAAUCAGGGGACUUGUGUAAAUAAAUUCCGAAGACAAGAUUAUUAUAAUAGGCAUAAUUUUAACUAGUCGUUUCUCAAAGUGUAUACUCUAUUUAAACCUGCAAAAUAUAACUGCCUAUUUUUCCUGUUUAUUGUUCAGUAAUAAAGUGCUCCCUAUACUUCUAUUUGUGAUUUAAAUUUUCAUGAUCUUCGGCAAUUUAGUUUAGCAUAACAUUGCUAAGAGACCAGACUAUCCCCACCCAAGGGCUUUAGACAAUGAACAUUUGGUUUGGUUUUUUUUUUUGGUAGUAUCACUGUUAUUUUUCCAAGACAUUACUAAUUAAAGAGCACUUAUCAGCCAUUACAACACCAACCUUGGUUUUUAAUUUAGAGGUAAGUCAUUUGAUCCAAGAUGCAAUGUUCUUUUAAUCUUUUUUUCAAGGAUAAGUUUGGCUUGUCAUCACUAACAAGACGCAAAAGCAGCCUUUCCUAUCUUACUGCUAGUUUCAGUCCAAAAGGGUAAGUUUUCUGUCUAUUCUUGAGUGAAUAUUUUGCUAUCCUGGAGGGUAACUCCAGUCAAUUGUUGGAGUUUAUGGACUGGGAUCAGUCUUUGGGGUCACCCUCCAGGAUAACAAAAUAUUUACUAUCUUGGAGGGUGACCCAGAAGACUGAUCCCCAGUCCAUAGACUCCAACAAUUGACAAGAGUUGUAGGACACCCCACAGAUAGCUCCUUGAGCUAAUGCAACCCUCUCUUCCCCCUCUGAUAAAUUGGUCCAUGGGCAAAUAUGACCCCUCUCCCCUUUGGAUAGAUUGCUCUAUGAGUCAAUGCAACCCCUCUCCUCCCCCUCAAAACAAUUGAUCCAUUAACUAAUGCAACCCUCUCCUCCACUCAGAUACAUUGGUUCAUGAGCUAAAGCAACCCCUCACCCCUCCUUAGAAAGAUUGGCCCAUGAGCUAAUGCAACCCCUGUCCUCGCCACCUUGGAUAGAUGACCCAUGAAAUCAUGCAACCCCUCCCUACCCCCCCCCCCUUGGAUAGACUGGUCCAUGUGCUGAUGCAAACCCCCUCCCUUCCCUUCUUAUGGAUAUUUUGUACAGCCCUUAGGCCUUUUCCUUGCAAUCAAAACAAUAGCAUAGUAAAGUGACUGCACACCAUUUUGCUUAUAGGAAAGAUAUCAUGGAUGAAGAAGUUAAUUUAAAAAAUCCAAGUGAAGCUGUAGAAGAAGUGGAAACAUUACCAGAGGAAUUUUACAACAAGCCCUUGAUCCUUGAAAAAGGUAGCUGGAAAUACAUUUUCACAUCACAGUUUAAAUUGCAAAUGUUAAUUUAGAUCUGGGUUGAACGAAAUUAGCCACUGUUUCAAAAGUCUGAGGAACUGGCCCUUUGUCACAAUAGAAAGGCUACCCAGCUUUUUUUACCCUUUACAGUGGCUAAUUUAGCCCAACAAAAUUAGUCACCUGAUAACACCACAGUUUCUUUAGGGUUAAUAGAUCAGUUUCAGGGUCUGAGAAACUGCACACCUAUCCCUCCCCUGGCCCAACAACAACCACCUGAUAACAAGUUAGGGUUAAUGUUAGGGGGGAGGGGUAAGUACACAGUUUCUUGGUUACUGACAUUGAUCUGCCAAAGUUUAGUUCCAUAUUCUUCUCUAUGUCAGGGAGGUCUCCUUAUUAGAAAGCUCACAGUAUUUUGUUGAACAAUAUAUUUUCUAGUUCCAAAUCUGUCACAAAGACUUUGUCAGCCUGAUUUCCAGCCAGGAGCCAUUGGGUGAGAUUAGAAUGUUUCUUCACAACUUGUUACAAACUGCAGAGAGCUUUUACGCUUGCUGCAUUGUUCCAUUUUCAUUAUUUAUAACGUUAUUGUCAUUUCUGUUUAUAUUAUAGUGAUCUUCACCCUAGACACAAACACCUCCUGGCAAAGAGAUCGCAACGCUGCAGGGUGAGGAAAAGAAACCUGUUAAAGAAUUGAGAUGUUUUGACUCUUGGCUGAGACAGCUCUGUUUAUUUUUUCAUUGCACAGGAAUGUGAACAUAACCUCAGCAAACCAGAAUUCAACCCAUCAUCAAUAAAGUUCAAGAUCCAGUUAGGAGCAGUGUAAGUAUAUGGCUCUGUUCUGUGUCCGGGGUGUCUUUUUGGGAGAGUCCAAGUGCCACAGGUUACCAACUUUGACGUUUUAUCUUUGGGAGACAUUUAUAACUCUGCUUUUAGUUCAUGAAAGAUUUUACCCCUGUAGACCCUAACAUCAGCAUGUAUAUUCUCCUUUUUGUUCCCUACACAUUUCCUAUGACACUGACAAGGAGAACUAUGCUAAAAAAUCAAAAGCUUUUCAAGUUUGCAAUCAUUUCUAUAAUUCUCAUGAGCCUGAUGUUUGAUUCAGUAGUGACAUCUUGGUGAGAAAUCGAUGCUAAGUGCCCCCAAGGGGUUAAAGUGUUGGGGGUUGAGGUCUGCGAUUUCUGAGUCAAUUUUCCGCGGACAUGAAUUGAUUCUUCUAGUAGCAAAUCUUCUGUGCCCCUUGUCACUUGUAUUUGAAACAAUCAUCUUAGUUAUGAGUACUGAUACAGUACUAAAACUGACUUUGUUCUCUUGCAAUUGUUCUGACAUUUUGUUAGUGCACUUGACUCCGAAUCGGAUGGUUCGGGUUCGAGCCCUGGCCAGGAUCAUUGUGUUGUGUUUUUAGGCAAGACACUUUACUCUCACAGUGCUUCUCUUCACCCAGGUGUACAAAUGGGUACCAACAAAUAUGCUGGGGGUAACCCUGCGAUGGACUAGCAUCCCAUCCAGGGGGGAGUAGCAAUACUCCUAGCCGCUUCAUGCUAAGAAAAUCGGAGUUAAGCACUGGCCCCAUGGCCACUUGGGCCUGUAUAAAGGCUUACUACUAAGUCUGCUGUUAGAAGUUUUUCUUGUAAUGUACAAAACAACUUUCAGCUUGGACUAUUUUUGUUAAACAGUUUCUUUGUUUAUCUUGCUCAGGCAUUAUGUACCCUUGUUGAAAAUUUCAAAUGUCCCAGUUCUGAAGUUUGGCAAGGUGAGUGUCAAUUGUGAGCUCAAAUUCCUCACUUGCUUCCCAGCAGAAUUUUUUUUACCAAUCUGGAAACUUGACAGGCAGAGACAGGGUAUCAAAUUCUCAAAGCAUAGGUACGGAAUACUUAUAAUUGAGAAGAACCACAGUACCAUUGAGAGUGUGCCAUAAUGUAAAGCACAGGAGAACCAAUGAGAUUGCACCAAAAUGCAUCAUUAGCAGCUGGCCAUAAUGUAACAGAAAAAGGAACUCAUAACGAUCAAACCCUAUUACUUGCCAAAUUCUAGAAGAAAAGCAUUCAAAACAUCACAAUCCUUGAUUGAUAGGAUGAGUCUAACAUCGAUAGUAACUCUGUGUGUCAUUUAUCAUUGUCAAUCAUGGGAGACAUGGUAGCCAAUGGUUAGUUUGUUAGACUGCAAAUCGAGAGGUCUGGGUUCAAGACCUGGCCAGGUCAUUGUGUUAAGGUCUUUGGCAAAACACUUAACAUUCACUGUGCCUUUUCCACCAAAGAGUAUAAAUGGGUUGCAGUGAAUUGUCAGGAAGCCCUCAGAAGUCCCCCGCCCUCCAGAGGGGAGUGGUAAUACUCCUAGUCCAUUGAGGCUAUGCAAUAAGCUCCAGUAGGAUGGGCCUCUUGACUCAAUAAAAAGCUAUACCUUAUCAUUUUUGAUACAAUGAACAAACACUGUGUUUUCCUUGUGAUUGCAGGAGUCUCAAGUGACCCUCUCACUGACAAAUCCAGUGGAAAAUUUAUUAAAAGUCACCCUGUUACAAUUUGAGGAAGAGGCAAAAGACACAGCCAAAGAAAAUGACACACAGGACCAAGGGGUUAAUUCAGAUCAGAAUGCUGACAAGAAAGAAGACAAGAAUGAAAAUGAAGAGAAGAAAGAAGAUGAAAAGAAAGACGUGGGUGAAGCUCAAGACAAGACUGAUGUAGAGAAAGAUACAGAGAAAGAGAAGAAGAAGGAUGGCUCGCUUGGAGUGACAGCUGUCAUUCACAAGCCAGACCGCAACAUGAAUAACAGUUGUGAAAGUAGAUGUUUUGUAUCCACUGCUGAGGUAAAUCUAAAUAUUUCUCUACCCUUUGAGAAAGAGUGAUUAGCAUCUAAUUUCUCCUCAAAAUGUCACCACUGAAUCAAACAUUAAGGUAAUGAGAAUAAAGGAAAUGAUCACCAACUAAAGAAGUUCUUGAUCGUUAAACAAAUUCUCCUAAUCAGCUUCUUAGGAAAUGUAUAGAGAACAGUAUGGAGAAUAUGCAUACUGAUCUUAGGGUGUAAAGAGUUAUAAUGUAUUGUAAGGAGAAAUUCUGUCUUGGUCACUCAUGGAGAUUAAAGGGUUUAGGGUCCACGGUCCCUCAGAGAAGGUAACACACGUAUAGCAAUCGAUAUUUUUAAUCGCUGUUGUUCGUUGUUUGUUUGGGUUUUUGUUUGUUUUCCUAGGUUGUCUUGCCAACGUUCCCGCUGAUGUUAGGAGCACGUGACGAGGCUGCUGAGUUUGAUGAAAUAGACUCUGGUACUUCAGCAGAGAUGUUUAAUGAUGAUCCAAGGUUAGUUGUCAAAUGUUUAAUGAUGAUCCAAGGUUAGUUGUGAAAUGUUUAAUGAUGAUCCAAGGUUAGUUGUGAAAUGUUUAAUGAUGGUCCAAGGUUAGUUGUGAAAUGUUUAAUGAUGAUCCAAGGUUAGUUGUGAAAUGUUUAAUGAUGAUCCAAGGUUAGUUGUGAAAUGUUUAAUGAUGAUCCAAGGUUAGUUGUGAAAUGUUUAAUGAUGAUCCAAGGUUAGUUGUGAAAUGUUUAAUGAUGGUAUCCAAGGUUAGUUGUGAAAUGUUUAAGGAUGAUCCAAGGUUAGUUGUGAAAUGUUUAAUGAUGAUCCAAGGUUAGUUGUGAAAUAUUUAAUGAUGGUCCAAGGUUAGUUGUGAAAUGAAAUAAUUUAAUACACAUAUAUACGAAACAUCGGAUAGCGUCGAAGGAGCGCUCUGAUUGGCUACUCAAAUUCCAAUUAUCCUUCGCUGUUCACCUCCGUCCGAUAAAAAUUGUAAUUGUUGCAGGGAUCUGUUAAGCGUAUACUGACACAACUAUUGAUCUCUGUUUCGGUGGCUAGUGGUGACUAUUCGUUGAGCCGCAAAGCGGUUCAGUAAAUAUCCCCCAAAUAUUAGGUGAAUCUUUGUGAAAUAUUAUAUAGUUCUCAUUGGCCGCUGAGAUUAUUCAGCUGAAAUCAGUUUUAGUACUUAGGUUACACGCUGUCUCAAUUGACACAUUCAAAUACUUCAGAUAAAGUACUUCUUUCCUACUACUAAAAAAAUUGUUUGAAGGAUUAAAAGAUUUAUUACAACCUCAAUGUUUUUAAUUGCCAUAGUGUAUCAACUGUAGGUUGUAACGUUAUAGCUGCUUUUGUUGUCUUAUCAGAGUUGUCGUCAACCGACAAGCCAACAAGUUAUGGUUUCUUGUAAAAGUUUUGCCACAAAAGCCAGUUGGGGAUGUCAAGGUGUGUAGGAGUUCUUGUCUUAUUCAAAGCAGCGUUUUUCUAUUUCAGUUAAGUGUUGAAAAUAAUCCGGAGUUGUCCUAGCUUUGCUUUACCGCUUCCUGUUACUCAAGGUCGCGAACUUUACCACGGGCGAAGAAACACUCGUGCCGAACCUCUCUCUGUUAAAAGAACUGUGGUAUGCAUGAGGUCUUCUUUAAAAAAAAGACGAUAAUUGGUCAUUUACUGUCAUUAUUUUUCAGUUUUCCAUGAUCAUGCAGUAUGAAUACAAACACAUAACAACAGCCCUGGUGCGAGGCGGUCAGGAGUCGGAAGAACAAGUGGUUACAUUGAAACACAAGCUACAUAUCAACCUCGGCCCAGUUCUGACCGAGUCAUAAACUUAAUAUUAUUGAUAUUUAUAGAACGGUAGAGAGGGAAAUAUGAAAGUUGUGGUCCAGGAUAGGGAUAAACUAUUGUGCAUUUUCAUAUGUUCUGUGGGGUAUGUUGGUGCGUCGUCUUUGUUAUCGUGGUUGUUGGCUUCGUCGUCGCUUCCUGUAAACUUUUUUUUCGUAACUGUUGACUUCGCCGUAAUUUUGAAACAUCGUCAUCGCUAGCUUUUAUUUUCGUCUCCGUGACUGUUAAUGCGCCAAUCGAUUCAAAGCUUCAACAUCCUUUCCCCCGGGAAACCCACGACCAUCUUCCUUGCUCGGGUGGUGGGGAAUUUUAGCCUGGUCUUGCUGGGGUUGGGAAUUUGAACCGGAAGUGUCAAGUCUUUUCAGUGGAAAGUGGGGGUGGUAAUUUGAACAAACCAAACUUCAAAAGUUCAAAUGCCGGGGGGCGGGGGAAUGGUGAAGUUUUCGAAUCUCGUAGUUCUUCCAGAAUCUAACGCAGGACUUCGACGUCUUCUGUAGCAUGAUACUAAUGAAUUUCAAAACUUGUAUUUUUUCUAUUUUUACGCACAUCUUUCGUUGAAAAGAGCGAGACAAGGCAGAUUAGAAAAAAAACAUUAACGCAAUAUAAAAGGAGAGGGAUCAAUGCUAGUAUCUGGGUAAUUGCGCACCUACUCCUCCCCUAACGCAUCAAUAACCCUAGCUUGUCAUCAGUUGCCUGUGCUUGGGUUAGG